AAGAAGAGGUACCGUGAUUACUUGAGGAGAGGUGGUUAAGAAAGCUGUUAGAGUUGGUCAGAGUUCUCAAGACUAUCAGAAGUAGAGCGAAAAAUUCGGUUAUUCAUUAUUCUUGUUCUUGGUACGUAAGUUAAUUUCUAUAGUAAAUUCUCCGUGAGACAAAUUAUACCGAUGGACGACGUUGCGGAUUCACGAGGGCGAGAGACGAUGCUACCCGACCAUAGCGGUAUUAGCGGUAGUAUUGCGUGCUGCAAUGUAAACAUGACGUCGGUAGACUCUGGAGUGGAAACGGGGAACGAUUCGAAUGAUAGCUCGAUCAUCCAGCAGGAGAGUCACCAACAGCAGGUCAUCGCUACCCAGCUCAUCAGCAGCAGCGUCACGGCCGUCGACGCCAGCUCCAUUGGAGAGUUUCCCAAUCUGGACAUGUACGACUGGCCCGCUUUAAUACAUCCUCUAUUUGUUCCUGAUGAGAGCAGACGGACUUCGUCCGAGGUCACUGUGAUGUUGCAAAAGAACAGGCUACUUAAAAUCAACGCUGAGGCCUUAGAAAUAAUACGGAAUAAACACAAGAUUAGCGAAUUAUCGACACCUUCUGAUUUAUAUCGCCCUAAAAUAAGAGAACGUGUCCUUCGUACAUGGCGUAAAAAUACGAAUACCCAAACUGUAACCUGGAAUGAUUGGCAAACCGAACGUAUUCAACGAAGGAUGCGGUUGGCUGCUACGACGAAUAAUGUAUCUUUGAUGAGAAGACUUUUGGAAUUUGGUGUGUCAUCUAACAAUCACGACGAUCAUGGACGAACUCCCCUUCAUAUUUCAGCUUGCAGCAAUUACAAAGCCUAUACGGCCGAAACUGUAGCCUGGAAUGAUUGGCAAACCGAACGUAUUCAACGAAGGAUGCGGUUGGCUGCUACGACGAAUAAUGUAUCUUUGAUGAGAAGACUUUUGGAAUUUGGUGUGUCACCUAACAAUCACGACGAUCAUGGACGAACUCCCCUUCAUAUUUCAGCUUGCAGGGGUUAUUCAGAAAUAGUCCGUUUAUUGCUAGAAAAUGGUGCAGACCCGAAUCAGCGUGACUGUAUAGGAAAUACGCCGUUGCAUCUAGCCACGGUUAACAGCAAAUUAUCAGUAGUGACACUGCUCUUAACAGCUGGUACUGAUGUUCUCGCAUUAGAUUCGUAUGGUUACAAUCCACUGCAACUAGCGAAAACGAAAUUAAGAAUGUUACAACGAAACUGUAAUAAUGAGGAUAUGCUUGAGAUCAAAGAAGAGAUGCAUAAUGUAAUUAAUAUGUUGAUGGCAUAUCUGCAGAAGCAAAAGAAUAUGCGAGAACAGGUAGAAACGUUGAGCAAUUUUUGCUCACGUCUUUCCUUAUCCAAUACCUCGGAUCAGGUUCAGGAUAAUGUUAAAGAUUUACUAGCAAACAUAAAUGCUCUUAGUAUAACUGAUUAGUCGAGUAUAACUGAUUAAUUACGAAGAUAUGCUAUUGUAAUAUUA